AUGUUGUUUGUUUUCUAUUAUCGAGAAACUGCAGGAUUCGGCCUGCGGCCCAGAAGAUUUUAUUCCACUUUUACUUCACGCUUUUUUUUUUCUUUUGCGGCAGCCAUGUCGUGGGCAGCAGUUGCACAGAAGACGAGGGAUGCUACGGCAACAUUUAAAGAGCCAAAGCGGGUUGUUUUUUCUCCUGCCGUUGAGUCCGUAGGUGGUGGCGGUAAUGAACGCGAGCAUAUUGAUGUCAGUAGGACAAUUUGUCAUGGGGUGGGGACAGCAAUUCCUACGUACCAAAAGGGUCUCCUCAUUCUUGACGCAAAUGCCUUUAUUAAAGGGAUGGACAACUUCAAUGACGUGGCGGAUGUACUGGUGACAACUCCGCAGGUUGUCGCGGAGGUGCGGGACCGCGCCGCCCGUGACUUACUGAGCCGUUUUUCACAGGCUCUGCAUGUCUUGGAACCCUCGAAGGAGGCAAUUGCCGCUGUUGUGAGUGUCGCAGAGGAGACGGGUGAUUUGGGCGCCAUGAGUCGAACAGACAUUCGUCUUUGCGCAUUGGCGCUGUACUGCUGUAAAGCCACCUACUCUUACAGCC